AUGAACGAUCGAACCAUUCAAAUUCAAAUGCUUGCUGAAAAAUUCCAUCGCUUCGUUCUUGACUGCGAACUCCAGCAGCCGUCAAUCGCUGACCACUCAGAUAUUGUAUCGAAGCAAGAAAAGGAGAACGCUGACUGCAUGGAUGAACACAGUUUGUCCAGUGGAAUCCAUGAAGUUUCUCCUGAUAAAGGUCAUACACUUCCCAUAUUGAAGAAAAUCAUUGAUACGAGUACAAAAAUUCAGGAUUUGAAGAAGCAGCAUGUGGUCUUGUCUGAUGAAGUGAAACUAACUAUCGAAUCUUUUCCGGGACCUGAUGUUUUGAAGUCUGUUCAGCUUCUAGGUUCUGAAUAUGAACUCUUGAAAAGAAAGUACCUGGAGGAGUCUUCUGAGCGUAGGCGGCUUUACAAUGAAGUGAUUGAACUCAGGGGAAAUAUCAGAGUUUUCUGCAGAUGCAGACCAUUAAAUGAGAGUGAAAUGGCAAACGGGUCCGCGUCUGUUGUCAAUUUUGAGUCUUCUUCUGAGAAUGAACUUCAAGUCAUUUGCUCAGAUUCUUCUAAGAAGCAAUUUAAGUUUGAUCACGUAUUUAGGCCUGAAGAUAAUCAAGAGGCCGUUUUUCAGCAAACCAAACCCAUUGUUAUAUCAGUAUUGGAUGGCUAUAAUGUCUGCAUAUUUGCCUAUGGGCAAACUGGAACUGGUAAAACAUUUACAAUGGAGGGAACACCAGAACACAGAGGAGUUAACUACAGAACCCUAGAAGAAUUAUUUCGGAUAACAGAAGAGAGACAAAGGGUAAUUAAGUAUGAUUUGUCUGUUAGCAUGUUGGAGGUAUACAAUGAGAAGAUAAAAGAUCUCUUGGUGGAAAAUUCUACCCAACCUAUGAAGAAAUUGGAGAUAAAGCAAGCUGCAGAAGGAACCCAAGAAGUCCCUGGACUUGUUGAAGCUCGUGUUUAUGGAACCGAAGAUGUGUGGAAAAUGCUUAAGACUGGAAACCGAGUCAGAUCUGUUGGAUCCACCUGUGCUAAUGAGCUUAGCAGCCGUUCUCAUUGCUUGUUGCGAGUAACUGUAAUGGGGGAGAAUUUAAUCAAUGGCCAGCGAACAAGAAGUCACCUUUGGCUAGUAGACUUAGCUGGUAGUGAGCGCAUAGGAAAAACUGAAGCUGAAGGAGAAAGACUGAAGGAAUCUCAAUUCAUAAAUAAGUCUCUUUCAGCGCUCGGUGAUGUCAUCUCUGCCCUUGCUUCUAAAUCAUCCCACAUCCCUUACAGGAACUCGAAACUCACUCAUAUACUGCAAAGCUCUUUAGGAGGAGACUGUAAAACAUUGAUGUUUGUCCAGGUAAGUCCAAGUGCAGCAGACUUAGGAGAGACACUCUGCUCUCUUAAUUUUGCUACCCGGGUUCGCGGAAUCGAGAGUGGCGCAGCUCGCAAGCAAGUAGAUCACAGUGAGGUGUUCAAGUACAAGCAAAUGGCAGAAAAGCUCAAACAAGACGAGAAGGAAACUAAGAAAUUACAGGAUAACUUGCAAAUGUUGCAACUCAGGCUUGCUGCAAGAGAACACCAUUGUAGAACCCUUCAGGAAAAGGUUCGGGACCUUGAGAACCAGAUAGCAGAAGAGAGAAAAACCAGACUAAAGCAAGAAAGUAGAUCGCUUGCUGCUAUUUCAGCUCAACCUCCAUCAUUACAGCAGACAAAUGCUCAUAAAACCAUGACAGAUAAGAAGCCACCACUGAAUCCUUCAAAACUGAGACUGCCACUGAGAAGAAUAGCUAAUUCGUUGCCUCCACCGUCUCCUCUUACUUCAAAGAGUUAUACCGCAUUCAUGAAUGGAAAGGAAAACUCUGCCAGAAGGAACUCAAUGGCAACAAACAGAGAAGGCUUUGCAAAACCAAGACGCAGGGCAUCCAUUGCCGAGAGACCAUCACCUUUACCAUCAUCAUCACAGAUCUUUCAGGCAAGGAGGCGGGUCUCCAUUGCCAUGAGACCACCUGUGUCUGUGCCAUCAACAACACAGGUCCUUCAGCCAAGGAGAAGGGUCUCCAUAGCUACACUGCGUCAUGACACAACUUCUGACAUGACAACUCCACUUCGUACCUCGGCCCUCAGAUACACCGGUGGAAACAGUGUUGGGGGUCACCAAUCACUGAUAAGGAGCCAAAGGAAAGAUAGGUAUUCAUGUUUGUUUGCUCCAUUGCCGGAGUUGAGAGCAUCAGUUGAGACAACACCGAUGUGUGUUAGAAGUAGCAGCAAGUUCAUGGGCAGUCCCACACAGCCAGUGUCAAGGCUGGGUUCCAGGCAUCCAGCUAUCGUUGCACUUCAACGGAAACCUUUAAUCUGGAGUCCUCUCAAGCUGAGAGGGAAGAACAACAGAAAGCCAUCACUCUUGCCAUCUCGGCCAAUCCAAAUGUAG